AUGUUACUAUCAAAAUACCUGGCAUUGGCCAUCUUAUCCACUUGGGUAAAUGCUCAAGCUACAACUACAACAGAUGAUUCAAAUACUAGUUUAUCUUCUUUUGAUAUAGGUGUUUCUAGUGGAGGUUUUGGGAAUGGUGCUUCAUCUUCAACUUCAAAUGGGAAUGAUGAUGAUAAUGAUAAUAAUUCUUCAACUCAAAGCUCAAAUGGUCAAGGUAAUGGAUCUUCCACUACUGGUACUUCAUCAACUUCAACAUCAACUUCAUCAACUUCAUCAUCAACUAAUAAUUCAACACCUCAAAGUUCUUCAAAUGUUGUUUCCUCUACUCAAACUACAUCAAGUAACACCAAUACAAGCCCUUCAACAACUUCUUCAAAUACAUCCACUACAAGUUCAGGUGAUAAUGAUAAUGACAAUGAUAAUGACAAUGAUAAUGAUGGUUCAUCAACAUCAUCAACUUCAACAACUUCAUCAGAUGAUAAUAAUAAUAACGAUAGUACAACAAGUUCAUCUUCAUCAUCAACUUCAACUUCAACCAAUAACGACAACAACAACAGCUCAUCAAAUCAAAGAUCCUCAUCAAAUUCACCUUCAUCAACUUCAUCACCUACAAGUUCAACUUCAACAAAUCAAAGAUCAACUGCUGUAGUAACAGUCACUUCAGUUUUCACUACAGAUGGUAGAUUAACUACAAGUACUUCUAAAACUUCAUCAGAAACUUCAAUUAAAAGUUCAUCAUCAUCAUCAGCUUCAAGCUCAUCAUCAGGUUCAUCAGAAAAUAAAGAUAAUAAUGAAAAUAAAUCUUCAGGUUUAACUCAAAAAAAGAAAGUUAUUAUUGGUUGUGUUGUUGGUAUUGUUGUACCUGCAUUAAUUAUCUUUGCAUUAACUACUUGGUGGUUCUUAAAGAAAAAUCAAAAACCUUUAGAUCAUUCAGGUAAAGAAUGGAAUGAUGAUGAAGGUAUUGAAGAUGAUUUAGAUAAAAAUGAUGUUGAUAGAUCAAAAAGUGUUAAUAGAGCUGUUAAUUUUUGA